CCAAGAUACUUCUCCUGUUCUAGGGGAACUGGCCCCUUCGUUGUUUCAGCCCAAGAAGAUGCAAGUGUCGUUAUUGCAGCUUGGCCUCGGUCUCAUACUGAUUGCAGCACAAUACGCCCCUGGAACUGCGGUUCCUAGUUCAGAGUGUCGAAGACAGUGUGGCAAUGUUGAGAUACCGUACCCAUUCGGUAUUGAUCCAGGCUGCUCGCUCGCGCAAGGAUUUGACAUCGAUUGCAGGCUCCAAGAAGGUGUCUACAAGCCAUUCAGGGGUUCCUUUGAGGUGCUCAACGCUUCCUUGACUCAUGGCACGGCCCGGGUACUCACUAACAUAAUGGGGUACUGCUACAACAGCUCUACCAAGAGCAUGGAGGAACUUGGGCGUUAUGCAGAUGACAGCGAUGGUAGUCAGUCUUCUCCUUACCGGCUCUCCGAUGUCCAGAACAAGUUCACGGUGAUCGGGUGCAACGCUCUCGCCUUUAUGCAAGAUAUGGAUGGCACAGGUUACCAAGGCUUAGGUGUCGCGACAUGCCGCAACCUGACAGACUUAGUGGACGGAUCCUGCUCCGGUAUCGGUUGCUCCCAGAGUACAAUACCAAAGGGGAUGUUCAGCUACGUAACAGGCUUCUCGAGCUCGGUCAACACAAGUAGAGUCUUGCAGUUCAACCGGUGCAGCUUUGCGGUGCUUAUGGAAGCAGCAGAAUUCAACUUUAGCACUUCGUACAUAAGCAACACCAAGUUCAAUGACACAUACAAUGGGCGGGUGCCUAUGGUGGUUGAUUGGGCUAUAAGAGAUGUUAAGUCAUGUGUUGACGCACAGUUGAAUAAUACUAAUUAUGCAUGCAUCAGCAGCAACAGCAUGUGCGUUGAUUCUGUCAAUGAUGAUGGAUACAUCUGCAAUUGCUCCCAGGGCUACACAGGCAACCCUUAUCUUCCGGAUGGCUGCCAAGAUCUCAAUGAAUGCAAUAACAACCCAUGUCCUUCAGGCGGUGCUUGCCACAAUACAGUUGGAGGAUUCCAGUGUGUUUGUCGAGUAGGAAGAAAACUCGAAGGGAAUACAUGCAGCCUUGAUACCAGAUUAAUUAUAGGACUUGCAGUGGGAUCUGUUGGUGUAGUGAUUAUUAUCACAAUCAUUGUGUCUUGGCUACAAAUGGUAGUCCAAAAGAAAAAAAUGAACAAAGUUAAGCAAGAGUAUUUCCGUCAGCAUGGUGGCGUAAUUUUGCUAGACCAGAUGAAAGCAGAAGAAGGUCUUGGUUUCAUUGUAUUUUCUGAAGCUGAACUCAUACAUGCCACAAACAACUAUGAUGAUAGCAGAAUACUUGGGAAAGGAGGCAAUGGGACGGUAUACAGAGGGAUAAUAAAGAACGGCACUCCGGUUGCAGUUAAAAGAUGUGGAUUAGUUGAUGAAAGGCAAAAGAAGGAAUUUGGCAAGGAGAUGCUUAUUUUGUCCCAGCUCAAUCACAAGAACAUUGUUAAACUCGUGGGUUGUUGCCUUGAGGUGGAAGUUCCAAUUCUCGUCUAUGAGUUUGUCCUGAAUGGUACACUCUUCGAGCUUAUCCAUGGAAAUAACAAAGCACUGCAAAUAUCCUUCAACACUCUCUUAAGGCUUGCUCAUGAAGCAGCCGAAGGACUCCGAUUCCUACAUUCAGAUGCAUCUCCUCCAGUAAUUCAUGGUGAUGUGAAAACGUCGAACAUCCUUCUUGAUGAAAACUACAUGGCCAAGGUAUCAGACUUUGGAGCCUCCGCACUAGCCCCAUCCGACAGAGAGCAGUUUGUCACAAAGGUUCAAGGUACUUGGGGAUACCUUGAUCCUGAAUACAUUCAAACAUUCCAAUUAACAAAUAAAAGUGAUGUCUACAGCUUCGGUGUUAUCCUUCUAGAGAUCCUCACUGGACAGUUGCCAAUGAAGCUUGAAGGUCCAGACAAGCAAAUAUGCUUGUCUACGACUUUCCUAGCUGCUAUGAAGGAGAAUAAUCUUGAUGCAAUGUUGGUGAGCCACGUGAAAGGCCAAGAGAGCAUGGAGUUGUUGAGAGGACUUGCAGACCUAGCUAAGAAAUGUCUAGAUAUGUGUGGUGAAAACAGGCCUUUGAUGAAAGAGGUUGCGGACGAGCUCAACAGAUUGAGGAAACUUUCAUUGCAUCCUUGGGUACAGCUUGAUUUGGAAACAGAGGAAGAAAACCUUCUUGGAGGGGGAUCUACACGUUAUUAUGAAAUAGAAUCAAGCGGGUAUCCUAUGGGCGAAAGAGAGAACCAGCCCAUAAACCCAGGAAGUUCCUAUUAUGCAAGAUGA